GGUGAACAUACAAAGCCUGUUAUUUCGUAAGUUCUCAGUUCGAUAUAGGUAGGGAAAGUAAAGAACUGAUCAGUAUAGAUUUAUCUCUUUAGUGCUAGGCUAGCAUUCUGAUCUGUGCAGUCGAUCUGUUAAAAAUGACCGUAAGAAACGCAAUAGUUUUUUUAGUUUUUUCGACCGCUUGUGUGUUGGUGGCAGCUCUCAGAAUUGAUGCUGGGUAUUAUGAGCCAAUAGCUGUGGCUCCAGUAAAACUUCGUAGUGCAGAGAGGGAGCAAAAACAGGACUUCAGCAAGAUUCCAGGAAAUCCAGGUGUGGACUACCCUAUUUAUCACGAAGUUCCACAUACGAGUUUCUCAUGUAAAAAUGUACCAGCUCUCCCUGGUAUAUACGCCAAUGUAGAAACAGGUUGCCAGGCUUACCACGUUUGCCAUGAUGGUCGUGAAGGUGAACAAGGAGCCACCUUCCUUUGUACUAAUGGUACCAUUUUUAACCAAGCUGAGUUCAACUGCGAUUGGUGGUACAAUGUUAAGUGCGAAGAAGCGCCAUCUCUAUAUAGGUUGAAUGCUGAUCCCUUGACGAACCCCUAUGCACCAAAGCCAAAACCAGAAGAAUUGUUAGAGCAACCAGAAUCAGUUAGAUAUCACUGAUGAGUAUUGAAAUCUAUGUAAUUUUCACAUUUCCAUAACUGUAAAUAAACUUGUAAAACCCAA